GCUGUCCUCAAUCUGUGCCUGCCUUUACCGGAGGAGGAGGCGACAGGACGGUCACACUCCGCUCCUCUGCGACCAAACUUUGUCGGAUCCAUUAGCAACAAAUAACCCGCCCGAGGCUGUGAACUGUUCUUCUUUCUCGCACCUGUUGGGGAGCUAAAAAGACGAUCGUAGAACCUGUGGAGACGUUGCAUUUUCUCGGGGUUAAUCCCAUUCCCAGGAGGAUUGUAAAUAUCUGCCGCCACCGCGAUGAGCGCUGCGGAAAACUCAGACACGGACUCCAACAAACUGGAGUCUGUGAUACAGAGGCUGGAGGAGAGUGUUUUGUCUGAGGAGAAGAGGCUGACGGUCCGAGGUCCUUCACCUGACGCCCCCCCUACAUGUCUACCAGCACGAGUGCGAGAGAUUGUCACAAAGAACCUCACUGAUAGCUCAGCAGGGGCCAUGUCCUCGGUCAUGUCUCUCCAGGAGGAGAACCGGGUGCUGCAGGGAGAGCUGGCGAGGCUGGAGGACCUGCUGGCGCACAGCAGAGCGGACCGUGAUGAGCUCGCCAUCAAGUACGGGGCAAUUAGUGAGAGGCUGGAGCAGGCACUGCGUUUCGACACGGGAGACGGGGACCAUGACUCGCCCGAGUCGCGCAGCCUGGCUCAGCAGAAUGUGGAUUUACGCCGGCGGCUGGACGAGGAACAAGCGGCCUACAAGCGCAAACUCACCGCGUACCAGGAGGGUCAGCAGAGACAGGCGCAGCUGGUGCAGAAGCUGCAGGCCAAGGUGCUUCAGUACAAAAAGAAGUGUGGGGAUCUGGAGCAGAUGCUGCAGGAGAAGUCCUCAGAGAUGGAGAAACACAGGCUGAGUAGUCACAGUGAAUCGUCAAAUGGUCGGCAUCAAGAAGAAUCAAGCAGCAACCUGGAAGAUGCUUUAAUCCGUCUGGAGGAGGAACAACAGAGGAGCAGCAGUCUGUCUGCGGUGAACGCGAUGCUGAGGGAGCAGUUGGAGCAGGCCGGUUUGGCCAACGAGGCUCUCAGCCAGGACAUCCGAAGGCUCACUGCUGAUUGGACCAAAGCCAGGGAGGAACUGGAGCAAAAGGAGUCUGACUGGAGGAGAGAAGAGGAGUCUUUCCACAGUUACUUCAGCAGUGAGCACAGCCGUUUGCUGAUGCUGUGGCGACAGGUGGUCGGGUUCAGGAGGCAUGUCUGUGAGCUGAAGAGCUCCACUGAGAGGGACUUGUCUGACAUGCGUAAUGAGCUGGCUCGGGCGGCCCACUCCGCCCAGGUGUCCUGCACGGGGCUGUCUGCCACGAUGCACAGCCGUGAGGGAGGAGCUGCUCUGGCCGUGGAGCGGGAGAAAGCUCUGAGGGUCCAGCUGGAGCAGCAGCUGAGAGAACGAGUGGCGGAGAUGAUGAAUCUUCAGACCAGAACGGACGCAGAGAGAAGCGAGCUCAACGUCAGGUUGUCAGAAUCAGUGCGAGAGGCGGAGAGAUUAAAGGGCCAAAUGGAAGAGCGGGACAGAGAAAUGGUUGUCCUGACGAGGAGGCUCGAGGAGCAGAGUGGCAAUGAUGAGACUGACAUGCAGAUGAUGAGAGCUCACACUGACACACUGUUGGACACACUGCGGGACAUCGCUCAGACGGUUUUGUCAGAUGCAGACUCAUCAUCAGAGGCGGACCAGGACAACUCCGGGGCUCCGCUGCUGGCCCUGAUACGCGGCUCCUCACCUCACCGCUCCUCCUCUCCUCGGAGGUCGUCCUCCCCCUCCCGACCCCCGUCCUCCCUGGCUGCUCUCCCAGAGGCGGCGUUGUCAGCUCUCCGCUCUGCAGUCACAAACAAGACGCUCCAGCUGCAGGAUGUUCGAGGGCGUCUGCUCUCUACCCAGUCUUCAUUACAACAGUUGCGAAAGCAGUUUUCAGAGGCAGAUUCGGCAAAAAGAGACGCAGAGCAGCGAAACCAAGCCCUGCAGAGAGAGAGGGAUGCUGCUCAGAGAGAAAGGGAGACCACACAGAGAGAGAAGGAGCGCCUGAAGCAGGAGAGAGACACGCUGGCCAGCGAGAAGGUGAGCUUGGAGAAGGCCGUGCAGGCGGCGCAGAGCAGCAACCAGAUCCUGCAGAUGGACUGCGAGAAGCUGCAGCUGACUGUGAUGUCCACGCAGCGAGAGCGCGACCACGAGAGGGAGGAGAAGGAGGCCACCAUCCAGGAGAGAGACCGGGCCAAGGCAGAGACUCAGAGGAUACAGAAACAGUGGGAUCAGAGUGAGAGUCGCGCCUCAGCUCAGCGUGGAGAGCUGUCUGCAGUGAAGGAAACUCACCAGCAGGGGGAGGUUGAGAGGCAGCUGCUGGAGAGAGAGAAAGCCCAGCUGUCCGAGGCACUUGCUCGGACUGAGAGCAAAAAUGCAGAGCUCUCUCUGCUGUUCAAUAAGCUGCAGUCUGAGGACGCAGGUCUCAGAGACUCUCUGGCCAAAAUGGGCAGCAUGAAUGAGAGCCUGGCCCAGGAUAAAGUCGACCUGAACACCUACAUCCUCCAGCUGGAGGAGGAGAAGGCCCUCCUGCAGACUCAGAAACGGGAGGCGGAGCAGGAGAAGCUGACCAUCAGAGAUGAGCUGGUCCGGUUGGAGCAGGACCGGCUGGAGCUGGACUCCGCCCGCAUCACUCUGCACCAGUCGCUGCAGGACACCGAGCUAAGCCGGGUCGGGAUGGAGGCAGAGCUCCAGAGCCUCAGGGCUGAUAGACUUAAGCUGCAGGAGAGAGUCACCCAGCUCUGCGGUGAGGUGACCACUCUGGGAUCAGAGUUGAGUCUCGCCAGAGGAGAGGGCCAGAGGAACGAGGUGGCCUUGGAGGAGGUCGGCCGCGGUCGGGCAGAACUGGCCCGAGACAAGGCGGCUCUGGUGGUCCAGCUGACGGCAUCGGAGAGAGAAAACACUGUGCUGUCAGAGGAGCUGGCUGCUUUCAGGUCGGAGCGGGAGUCCCUGGAGACCAGUCUGUUCGAGGUGCAGCAGCAGCUCAUUCAGGUGGAGUCUCGCAGAGAGCAGCUGGAGUCGGAGAACCAAAACCUUCGAGUCCGCUGUGAAACUGCUGCUGCUGAACUGAGGCGUGUUCGCUCAGAUGGGGAGAAUGCGUUGGCCCAGGCUGAGAGGGAGAAACAGGCUCUGACUCAGGCACUGAACGCUGCGCAGCUGGAGGCCCAGCAAUCUUUACGCAAGGCCAUCUCCGAACAUCAGGAGGAGGUGGAGAGACUGGUCUCGGAAAAGGAAGUCGUGCGGCACAGCCUGCUGAUGGAGCAUGAGGUCGCGCUGAGGAAGCUCAGGCAGGAGCAGGAGGAUCAGCUCCACAGGGCGCAGAGAGAAAGAGAGGAGCUGCAGGAUGAGCUGAGGAGUCUGCAGCAUGACAGAGAUCAGAGUCUGCUGCAAGCUGAGACGGAGAAACAACAGGCUCUCUCUCUGAAGGAGGCAGAGAAAACAAUUUUGUCUGACAGGGUGUCCAGUCUGCAGGCCGAGCUGUCAGCUGCAGCCCUGGAGGCCGAGAGGAUGUCCAGAGAAGCAGCUCAUUACAAAGAGCAGGAGCAGGUCAGAGUUGGGGCGCUGACGAUUGAGCUGCUGGAGCUCCGCUCUCAGCUGGAGGAUGCAGCCUCUGUUCACGAACGUGAACUCCGCAGUGUGCGAGAGACUUGCACUGACCUUCAGUCACGUGUUGAUGUCGCUCUCAAAGAGCUGGACCAGUGCAGAGCUUCUCUGUCUGCGAGCGAGGAGAGUAGAGACCAGCUGAGACGGGACAUGCUGGACAUCGAGCGACGUCUCAGCCAAACGCAGGACGCAGCAGACAACCACAGGAGAGAAAGCACGGAGCUGCGACGCAACCUUGGCGACGUCAGCAAGGAGAGGGACACUCUCAGCCAAUCAAACACCCAGCUGAGAGAAACUCUGCGAAGUGCAGAGACGGAGAGAAUCAGUGUGAAACGACAGUGUGAGGAGAAGGAGCAGCGGCUGGCGGUGCUGGAGGAGAAUUUUUCAUCUGCUCAGAAGGAGGUGGCGGAGCUGCGGAGCUGCCUGAGAGAAGUCGAAAGGUCGCGGCUCGAAGCUCGGAGAGAACUGCAGGAGCUCCGCAGACAGCUGAAGGUGCUGGAUGGAGAGAAGGAGCAGAAAGGGAGGGAGGUGGCAGAGAUGCAGACUCGCCUGUCACUGGAGGAGCAAAGAGAGGAGGAGAGAGGGAAAGAAGUUUUCACCCUCAAACAGAAGUUAACUGAAGCUGAAGCAGCCAGAGAUUCCCUUAAGAAAGAGCUUUCCCUGACUCAAAAGCGCCUGAUGGAGUCCGAGUCAGGCUGGCGCAGCUGCGAGAGAGAACUGACCGCUCAGCUGCAGGAGGCGCGCGGCUGCGAGAAGAAGCUUCAGGACGAAGCGAAGAACCUGUCCCUGCGAGCUCAGGCGGCUCAGGACUCCGCCGCUCAGUCCAGCCUGCAGCUGAGCGAGGCCCAGGGCCGACUGGCCGCCACCGAGGCCGAGCUGGCCCGGGCCGAGGCUGGGAGGAGGGACCUGGAGUUUCGUCUGAGCAGUCUCCAGUCGGCGCUGACAAGAACGCUGGGCAUCGGGGCAGGCGGCAGAGGGGGCCGGGGGAGAAGCCCGGGGGGGAGCUCGGCAUCACCCGGCACCAUGUCGCGACACCACAGCAUCUCACCCCUGCGCUCCUCACUCUCACCUCCGAAAGAAUUUCGAGUAAGCACCCCUGACAAUACUUUAGGCUCGGGCGCCUUGUCUCCUGAGAGGGGGGACACGCCACUGCCCCUCCCUCAGCCGGAGCUGGACCCUGAGACGCUGCGAAGCGGUCUGAGAGACUUCCUCCAGGAGCUGCGUGACGCCCAGAGGGAGCGGGAUGAUGCUCGAUGCCAGCUGGGGGCCCUGCAGCGGGAGGUGGAGGAGCUGACACAGGAGAGAGACUCGGCUCAGAGUCGUCUCACUCAGCUACAAAACACCUUACAGGAAUACCAAGAAGGGAGGCGUGGUCUGGACGAGCGUCUCACCACCACUCAGAUUCUGCUCCAGCAGCAGGAGGAGACAGUGAGGAGAGGAGACAGAGAGAGGAGAGCUCUCGCCGACAGGGUGAAGGAUUUAGAGCGAGCGCUGCAGGCCUCUGAGACGGAUAAGAAACACACACAGGAUCAGUUAAAUAAGCAGCGCGCUGCCGAGAUGCGUCUGGAGGCGGAGAGGAAGCGUCUGCGGGAAGCGCUAGAGGCAGCUGAAGCCCGGGCCACCAGGGUGGAGCUGGGGAGGCGCAGUCUGGAGGGGGAGCUGCAGAGGCUCAAACUGAGUCUGGGAGACCGGGAGGCUGAGAGCCAGGCCUCCCAGGACCGCCAUGACUCUCUCCUCAAACAGGUGGCAGAGGGAGAAGUCCGUGUGUCUCUGCUGCAGAGAGAGGUGGAGAGGCUGAGCCAGGCUCUGCUCAAAGCUCAGGAAGGUGAAUCUUUACUGAAAGAGAAAACCACUUCUCUAAACCAGAGCCUUCAGGAGGCGGCGGCCGCUCACAGCAGCACACAGAGUCGUCUAGUCGCUCUGCAAAAGUCACUGACUGCAGCUGAACAGGACAAAAGACUUCUACAGGAACGAAUGGAUGAAGUGCGGGCGUCAUCUGCUGAAGCGAGGAGGAAUGUGGCCACCCUCACCGAGCGCAUGCAAAACCUGCAGAGCGACCUGAACCAGAGCGAGCUGAGGCGAGAGGAGCUGGAAGCUGAGCUCAACAACACUCAAGAGGCCCUGCGUCAGCGUUCGGCUGCCCUGGCGGAGGCUCAGCGCAGCGCCCAGUUGGCUCAGACGGAGCGGCUCGCUGUGGAGGAGAGACUGCGUGGGCUGCAGCGAGCGGUCGCCAUGCUGGAGACGGAGAAAAAAGAUGCAGAGAGACAGGCCGUGAGGCUGGAGAAAGACAAGAACGCACUGAGGAAUACACUGGAUAAGGUUGAACGUCAGAAGCUGAAGACUGAAGAGGGAAGCAUGCGACUUUCUGCAGAGAAGAGCCGUUUGGAUCGCUCUCUGAACACCACUGAGCAGGAGCUGCAGGAAGCACAGCAACAGAUACUGAUGCUGCAGACUCAGCUGGCUGAGAUGGAGCAGUCUCACAAUCUGUGUGAGAGUUUGGCGAGGCAGCGUGACGAGGUUCAGCGGGAGGCAGAGAGACUGAGGACCAGCUUCAGGGACAUAGAGCGAACUCUGGGCACGAGGGAGCGAGCUCACCGACACCGAGUCAAAGGCCUGGAGGAGCAGGUAUCCACGCUGAAGGAGCAGCUGCAGCAGGAGAUGAAACGCCGGCAGCCCUCCCUCCCAUCAUCCUUAUUGUCGGCAGGGAAAUGAAGAUGCAGCUUAAACCCCAGAAUCACCAGCAAGCACCACCUUCUAAUCCAGGGAAAAUCCACUCAACAUGAAUGUCUGAAAAGCAAUAUUCAUCCACAGGAGCAUUCCUAAAAGUGUUCAUACUCUAACUCCACUGUUUAAAAAGUUACUUGUUUUAUUUUUUAUGACUCUGAAAUGAACACUAGUUUCAUUCUGACUGAGUUUUAUUGAUGUACAGUAAGAGAAACACUUAACUCGACACACGACAGGCGAGGGGAGCACGGCGAUGUGGUUCAGCAGCUGCGCUGAAAACGCCAGCAGCCCGCUGAUUACUGGCAACCAUCUGUACUUGAUCCUUGCUCAACAUCUUCCCAAACUUCCUGCUCUUAUUCAAGAAGAAACCCAAAUCACCGCAGGAUUCUCCUCCAGACAGAAUCUGGACGCAGCGCAGGAAGGAAAAAAUCUGCCAGUUUUGCAGUUUGGCCCCCGACUCCUCCACAUUUAUAUUAACAGCCGAGGACAGAAAAAGAAGGAAGGAAGGUCUUCACCGUGUGCGAGUGCCAGGAAACAAACGAAUUGAGCAUAAUGAAGCAACUGCACUGUAUUUUUGUUUCUCAGAAACAGACACAGAUUUUACUGAUUAUGUGAAUAGACUUUAUUUUAUAACCGAGAAAAGGGACCAGAGGCGGCCGAGUGCUGCACAGUGACGGUAUACUUAACAGUAAGUGUUUUAUAUUAGUUAUUUCUAGUUUUAUUAGGUGUAUAUACUUUUUACUUGGCUGAUGAUUAAUUACAGCAAUAUGACUUGUAUGGACAGUACACAUGGAGGCCACAUGUUUGCAGGAAAAUAAACUCACUGUGUGCACCAUAA